ACGGGCAACAGGAAAACGUGAGGAUGUACAAAUGAAGGGCUCUCGUUCGCAGAUUUCAAGCCAGCGUGACACGGUUUUCUUGGGUCAGGCAGAGAAGACCAUCACACGGAAGAACGCGACAUCAUGUCGCAAAAAGACUCUGCAACGGCCCAAAGAGUUCCUUCAGAUGUCUGAUUUGCUCGUCGAAAAAGGAUAUCGUUUGGGACCCAGAAUCGGCGAAGGGAGUUACGCUAAAGUUCGUAUAAUUGAAAGGACAAAAGAUGGAAAAAUAUUGGCCGUGAAAAUAAUUGACAGAGCAAAGGCACCAAAAGACUUUUUGGAGCGAUUUUUGCCGCGUGAGUUGAACCUUCUGGUGCGGAUAGAUCAUGAGUACAUAGUUACAACACACGAGAUCAUUCAGACCAGUGAUCAUGUCUUUAUUGUCAUGGACUAUGCAGAAAAGGGCGAUUUAUUGGAUUAUGUUAGGAAACAUGGAGCUCUUCCUGACCAAGAGGCCAAGAACAUGUUCCAAGCAAUGGCCCAAGCUGUUAAAUAUCUCCACGAUUUGAACAUCGCGCACAGAGACCUUAAGUGUGAAAAUAUCCUUUUGAUGAAAGAUAUGAGAGUUAAACUGAGUGAUUUUGGUUUCGCUCGGUCGAUGCCACCACCCGAGGGAUUUAAGUUUCCAACAAGCAGAACUUUUUGUGGUAGCGCAGCUUAUGCUUCGCCUGACCUGUUGCAAGGCAUUCCUUACAAUCCAAAGUGCAACGACAUUUGGAGUCUAGGUUGUAUCCUGUACAUUAUGGUGUGCGCCUCCAUGCCUUUUGAUGACAGUAAUGUGAGGAAGCUUGUGAAACAACAGUUACAGGACAAGAUUCACUUCCCAAGCAAAGUGUCUGACAAAGUGAACCCAUUGUGUAAGAACUUGAUACGGCAGAUAUUGGAUCCCGAUUCCACCAAGCGUUUGAACAUCGCCCAGGUUUUGGACAGUGACUGGCUCUGUAUGGAAUCCCCUCCCCCAGCCAACGCGCCGUCUCAGCCUGUUGUUGAGAAUUCUUAGGACUACAAUAAUUGCUUUUUCCGUAUUUUUGAAAGAAUGGUGUUUUUUAUGUCUGUGCUGCCAUGCGCUUUGACAUACUGAUUUUUUUAAUCCAUCCGAUAUUAAAUCAUGUGUACAAUGCAUAUCUGUAUU